AUGAGUUCAUCUACACGAGAACGCCGCCCUUCAAUGGCUGCUCCUAUCUCUGAACUGCAAGGCCCUGUCGGACCCGGCUUCAGUCGACCCAAGCACAAGCGUACCUUCACUGGCUUUGGCCCAAAGGAUAUCAAGAAGGUCGAGGCUAGCAUCCCUGAGCCGCAGAAAGAAGCGUGGCAGAAAUUUGCCCCGCAAGCAUUCAAAACCAAGGACGAGUUUGAGCAUGAAGUUGACGCCAUAUUUAGAGCUGCAUAUUCCGGAACCGCUCUAGCAUUUCGGGACCGCCUGGUUAUUGACUGGAAUAAGACUCAACAGCGACAAACCUUUGCAGAUCAGAAAAGAGUGUACUAUCUUUCUCUCGAGUUUUUGAUGGGCCGCGCUCUUGAUAAUGCAAUGCUGAAUGUGGGAUUAAAGGACACAGCUAAAGAUGGCUUGUCCGACCUCGGUUUCCGCAUUGAGGAUGUAAUCGACCAAGAAAAUGAUGCCGCUUUGGGUAAUGGAGGAUUAGGCCGCCUUGCUGCUUGCCUCCUUGACAGCCUUGCAACCAUGAACUAUCCAGCAUGGGGUUAUGGCCUGCGUUACCGAUACGGUAUAUUCAAACAAGAAAUUGUCAAUGGAUACCAAAUUGAAGUCCCGGAUUACUGGCUGGAUUUCAACCCUUGGGAGUUUCCUCGACAUGAUAUUACCGUCGAUAUCCAAUUUUACGGCGAGGACAAAAAGUGGCAUGAUGACGAUGGCAAGCUAGUUCAUUCCUGGGAAGGGGGUGAAAUCGUUCAAGCAGUAGCUUACGAUGUUCCCAUACCUGGAUAUGAUACGCCUACUACCAAUAAUCUUCGCCUUUGGUCAAGCAAAGCGGCCAGCGGCGAAUUCGAUUUCCAAAGAUUCAACUCAGGUGACUAUGAAAGCGCUGUUGCUGAUCAGCAGCGAGCCGAAACUAUCUCUGCCGUUUUAUAUCCUAACGACAACCUUGAACGUGGAAAAGAAUUGCGAUUAAAACAACAGUACUUCUGGUGCGCAGCAUCUUUGUUUGAUAUUGUUCGUAGAUUCAAGAAGUCGAAGGCUCCAUGGAAUGAAUUCCCCGAUCGAGUCGCGAUCCAGUUGAACGACACCCAUCCCACUCUCGCUAUCGUCGAGCUCCAACGAAUCCUCGUUGACCAGGAAGGUCUUAACUGGGACAAAGCUUGGAGCAUUGUUCAGCAGACGUUUGGUUACACUAACCACACCGUUUUGCCAGAGGCUUUGGAGAAGUGGUCAGUUGAUCUGAUUCGACAUCUUCUUCCAAGGCACCUGUCGAUCAUUUUUGAUAUCAACCUGGCAUUCUUGCAGUGGGUUGAAAGGAAGAUUCCAAACGAUCGUGAUCUCCUCACUCGAGUCUCCAUCAUAGAGGAAUCUAACCCGAAGAUGGUUCGAAUGGCGCACUUGGCAAUAAUCGGCUCCCACAAAGUCAACGGAGUUGCAGAGCUCCACUCUGACCUUAUAAAAAGCACUAUAUUCAAAGAUUUCGUUGAAAUAUAUGGCCCUGACAAGUUCACCAACGUUACCAAUGGAAUCACACCCAGGCGAUGGUUACAUCAAGCCAACCGUCGUUUAUCCGAUCUCAUUGCCUCCAAGCUUGGCGGAUAUGGGUUUCUUAAAGACUUGACUCUACUUGACCAGUUAGAAGACUUUCUUGACGACAAGGAGUUUAAGAAGCAGUGGGCUGAUGUUAAAUAUGAAAAUAAAGUCCGACUUUCAAAGCAUAUUUUCGAAACCACCGGAGUUCGACUGAAUCCUGAGGCGUUGUUUGACAUCCAAGUCAAACGCAUCCAUGAAUAUAAGAGACAGCAAUUGAAUAUCUUCGGUGUGAUCCAUCACUAUUUAAGGAUCAAGUCAAUGACUCCCGAGGAAAGGAAGAAGCUCGUUCCCCGCGUCUCAAUUUUCGGUGGAAAAGCCGCUCCAGGUUACUGGAUGGCAAAGACGAUUAUCCACCUUAUCAACAAAGUUGGGGAUGUCGUUAACAACGAUCCUGACGUUGGCGAUCUACUGAAAGUCAUCUUCAUCGAAGACUACAAUGUUAGCAAGGCAGAAUUGAUUUGCCCUGCUUCUGAUAUCAGCGAGCAUAUUUCUACUGCUGGAAUGGAGGCUAGUGGUACUAGUAACAUGAAAUUUGUUCUCAAUGGCGGGCUAAUCAUUGGGACUUGCGAUGGCGCAAAUAUCGAAAUUACCCGUGAAGUUGGCGAACAGAAUAUCUUCCUUUUCGGUAACCUUGCUGAGGAUGUUGAUGAUUUACGGCACGCGCAUGUUUACAACCCAUCCAGCAUACAAUUUGAUUCGGACCUCCGCGCCGUUUUUGAUUCUAUCCAAUCAGGUACUUUCGGCGACGCAGAAUCAUUUUCCGCGAUUAUUAACUCUAUCGUUGACCACGGAGAUUACUAUCUCGUGAGCGAUGAUUUCCAUUCCUACAUCGAGACGCAAAGCCUUGUUGAUGAGGCUUACAAGGAUAGGGAGGGCUGGGUAGAGAAAAGCAUCCAGUGCGUGGCCAGGAUGGGAUUCUUCUCUUCCGACAGAGUAAUUUCCGAAUACGCCGAGAGUAUCUGGAAUGUUGAGCCAGUUGAGGCUACAGAGUAG